GCGAGCCGGAAGUCCCGCCUACCACAGGGGGCGGGCGAGCAACAUGGCGGCGCCCAGCAGCCGGUGAGGAGUGGGGACCCUGGGAUCCCGGGGAGCGGCUGGACUCAUGCAUUAUGGCCGCAUUCCCGCACACUCUCUCCUCACGCCUCCUGACAGGCUGGGUAGGAGGAUGUGUCUGGUAUUUAGAAAGAAGAACUGUCCUGGAGUCCCCUCAUAAGUUUAUGCACCUUUUCAGGAGUGUCAAUAAGCAGUGGAUUACGUUUCAGCACUUUAAGUUCCUCAGACGCAUGUAUGUCACACAAGUGAAUAAGAUCCGGAACCAGCAAGUGAAACCAAAGCCAGAACCAGUGGCACCGCCUUUCCUUGAAAAAAUGCCUUCAGGCGAAGCCAAAGCAGAACUAGAUGAGCUGAGACCUGUGUCAUCUGCAAGCCUGUCUCUGUCCACAAAGCCGAAUGAAAAGGAGCUGCUAGAGCUAGAGUCUGCCUCCGUCAUUGAGAGCUCCAUAGAUGUGGACGGGGAGACGAAGGAGGAGAAACAGUGGAGAGAGAUGAAACUGCACCUGGACGACUUGCCUGGCAUUCUGGCUCGACUCUCCAAAAUAAAACUCACAGCUCUGGUUGUGAGUACCACUUCGGCCGGGUUUGCGCUGGCUCCGGGGCCUUUUGACUGGCCCUGCUUCCUGCUCGCUUCCCUGGGAACAGGCCUUGCAUCCUGUGCCGCCAACUCCAUCAAUCAGUUUUUUGAGGUGCCAUUUGACUCAAACAUGAAUAGAACAAAAAACAGACCUCUGGUCCGUGGACAGAUCAGCCCGCUGCUGGCCGUGUCCUUCGCGGCUUGUUGUGCGGUUCCAGGAGUGGCCCUCUUGACGUGGGGAGUGAACCCUCUCACGGGAGCCCUGGGCGUCUUCAACAUUUUCCUGUACACUUGCUGUUACACACCGCUGAAGAGGAUGAGCAUCGCCAACACGUGGGUGGGGGCCGUGGUUGGGGCCAUCCCGCCCGUCAUGGGCUGGACGGCAGCCACUGGCAGCCUCGAUGCAGGUGCACUUCUCCUGGGAGGAAUCCUCUACUCGUGGCAGUUCCCCCAUUUCAAUGCCCUGAGCUGGGGCCUCCGUGAAGACUACUCCCGUGGUGGCUACUGCAUGAUGUCAGUGACCCACCCAGGCCUGUGCAGGCGAGUGGCGCUGCGCCACUGCCUGGCGCUGGUCGGACUGUGCAUAGCUGCACCGGUGCUGGACGUCACUACGUGGGCCUUCCCCCUGGUCUCCCUCCCCAUCAACCUGUACAUUUCCUACCUCGGCUUCCGGUUCUACAAGGACGCGGACCGGAAGAGCUCCAGGAAGCUGUUCUUCUGCAGCCUGUGGCAUCUGCCUCUGCUCCUGCUGCUCAUGCUCACCUGUAAGCGCCGGCCAGGUAGGGAGGAGGACAAGGGAGAUGCUCAGAGCUGACAGUAAGCAGGUAUAGGGGGGCAGAACUAAACAAAACGGGGGAUGCACAAUUCUUUUGUUGAUAGAUAAAAAUAUUUUGGUAUUUCUGGAGUGCAAGAAGGGAAAUCACUGGUUUUAGUACAAGAUUGUGAAGCAAUCUGGUGCUCAGUGUUCACUUAAAUGCACAUAUAUGUGUAUAUAUAUAUGUGUGCAUAUGUAUUUAUAGUUAUACAUAUAUAUCCCUAAAUGUCCCCCCAAAUAAGAAAUGAGUUAGCUCAGCCAAUUAAUGCAAAGGAAAUUCGUUUUGUUCUUUGAUGAGCCUCAUACAUCCUUUCCUCCGUUACCACCAUCCUCCGUUUUCUUCUCCCUCUUGUGGAUGCGAUACGCAUCUUCUGGCUGCACACACGCACACACUCCCCACCUGCUAGCUAGAGUGGCUGUUGGUCAGACAAGCUCUGAUCAGACCGCUGCUCUGUGCCUCAGGGUCAUCUAGGACCAGCUCGCUACAGUCACGGCACCCCUUUCCCUGCCAGUGAACUGGGGCCCCGUUCCUGUCCUCUGCAUCUCACCCCUGUUCUCAACUGUGUAUGGCCACAGAAAUAAUAGAACACAAAAGAUGGGCCACUGCACAACUUGGGAAUGGGGGUUCCAAACGGUUACUCAGGGAAUCAAAGACUCAACUGCCAGCCCCUGUCCCACACCACCACUCCCAUUGCAAAUCAGAAUUCUAGAAACCCCCGGCAGUCAAAGGCAUCUUUAUAGUUCACUUUGAAGUACAAGCACCGUCUGAAGCAUUUCUUUUUGGAAGAGAGGCACCCGCCUUCAUUCCAGAAAUGCCUCCGGCGUGGCUCUCAGACUGGACCUCUUCAGGCUCUCCUGAGCCUUGUCUGUCCUCUUUGCUGCCUAGCUUUUUCAAGGCCCUGUGAGCAGGGAAGCUGGAAAAAGGGGAGCUGGGCUAGCAGCCCACAUAGCUUGCAUUCUUGUCCUUUGUAGAAACCACAUUUCCAUCCAGAAAUUAGCCUCCACAUGUGCAGUGGCUUUGAGAGCCAGAGGCCCAGUUGGGCUUCCAAUGGGACGGUCCCACUUCUAGAGAUUAGUGCGUUUUCCUAUAGCCAGAGGUGGCCUUAGACAUCAGACAUUGUCACCCGCCAGGCCCUUGUCCUCUUGAGUGCCACAGAGUCCCAGUUGCUCAAAACAUUAGAUCCUGGCAGGAUGUUUUAAUUACAGUCUUCUGGAGCACUACUGCCCUUUAGGGAUUUGUUUAAGGGGCCUGAGCAGUCAUUUUAGUAUGACUGUUCUCUCAGAAAUGUCUAGGGUUAGAAAUGUAGCUCAGUGGUAGAGCACUUACUUAGCAUGCAUGAGGCCCAGACUCCAUCCCACCCUCACAAAAAAAUAAAUAAAACAAAAUAAAGGAGCUGCAGAUAGCCCCUCGCCCUUAUUUCUGCUUCUCUGGAAUAUUACCUCUUGCUUGCAUCCAGGUUGUUUCCUGUGGGUACGUGGCAUAGAAAUGUCUGGAAAGAGCAUCUGCAAUUUGUUGCAGCCCUUAAGUUUGUAACCUGUGUUGAUUAUCUUCCUUCUGCAAUAAAACUAUCAGAACAGGA